AGACAGCACCCUUCUGCCAUAAUAACCUCUUGCUCCCACAUAGAGAAGGAGAGAGAAAGGAAUAUAAUUAAUGUAAAGGACAAACCAAGGGAAACCGUAGGUUUUCAAUAACUCUACCUAGAAACCAGGCAACAUUAAAGUUUCCUUCGUUUAUCUCGUGAUAAUUGAUUGCAGCCGCAGGAGAUCAAACCAAACUCCCUACCACUAUAUAUUUUUAUCCCUCAAUUCAGCUUUGGGAAUUCUCAGGUAUAAACAUGGCUGCUACUACUAAAAUGCUUGCUGCUACCAUAUCUCUGCUCAUCUUCUUUGCUACUUUGCAUUUUCUAAAUGGUGAGCCUGAGCCAACUAUUUCAGCUUCUCCAGCAGUUUUACCCUAUGUAAACGCGUCCUCAUUUUUUCCUUCUUCACCAAAUACGGAGGAUGCUCCUCCAGAUGCAGAAGCAUUUGCUCCGGCGCACAUCUCUGAGGAGAGUUCAUCCAGUUCAGCCAUGUUUAAUACGCUAGCUGCAAUGGCACUCCCAUUCUUUUCUGGAAUUCUGUAUCUUGCUGCGAUAAGAUAUGUGAUUUGAAGUUUGCUUGGUUACAUCUUCUAGUAAGCCUAAUGCAGUUGCAUUCUAUUAUUACUGUACUACUAAAAUAUUGUAUCAAUGAAUUGUUAUUUUAUUU